AUGGCGAAAUUCGACUUUCCUAUAUUCUAUAUCCUUCGCGCUGUUCAAGCCAUCUUCGCCAUCAUUGUUCUUGGACUGGCUGGACAUGCCAUCGACGAGCUUAAUACCUCUGGAGCUGAUGAAGUGAACUUUAUGGUUUUCAAUGGCGUCUGGACUUUUUUCAUCGUCGUCCCAUAUUUCAUCCUGGCGCCAAUCUUCGUCCCUGUGCUGGCUCACCGUUACGCCCUCGCAGCCGUGGAUGGUGUUACCAUGAUCUUCUGGUUUGCUGGAUUUAUCGCUCUUGCUGUUUCGAUUGGCGACUUUAACGACUACCUUGAAUGCUCUGACUACAGCUGGUGUCAGGGGUUGCAAGCGGCUGCGGCCUUUGGCGCAUUCAAUUGGGUUCUAUUCCUUGUCACUACCGUCCUCAAUACCUUGGCUGCUGUUCGAAGGGAUCCUGGUCCUAGCGCCCAGCCCCCUACUGCGUCCGUACCUUGA